UUCUGCAGGGUGAGGAGUUAGCUCCCGGCAUACCAGAAGCCUGGCAUUCUGCCUUUGCGGGGAAAGAUGCCCUGGAGAGGUGUAGGAUUACAGUUGGGGAUGCUAGGGAUACAGCAAAGAGUCGGGGUGCCUUGACUGUUCUUCACAAAGUCCUGACAAGUGUGCCUGAAAUGAUCACUCUGCUUUUUUUUUUUAAAGAUCGUAUUUAUUUUUAUUUUUUGCCUGUGCACAUCCUCGCCAGAAAUUGGGUUCUACAGUGUGGUUAGGGAAAACCAUUAAAUUUUUUUUUUCUUAAUCUUUCAUUUUGCUUUUCCUUUUAAUCGGGGACACGGAAGCAGAAUGCCUGCCGGACUCUCAACAUUGUCUGGAUAAGUGGGAAGAAGCAGGCUUGUUUCAAGAACCUGGCCAAUGUUUAAAAGCCAGCUUUUUGUUUGUUGGACUGCCCUUUGUCUCUAGAGGAUUUUGAUGUGAAAGAAGAUGAAAAAGGAAGGCUCCUCAGGUUCCUUCAGACUCAAAGCAAAUCCCGGCUCUCUCUCACGUGCUAUGAGUUGGAUAAAUUUCUCCUCCCUGUCCAGGCAGACAAAGAGGCUGUUUCGCAGUGAUGGGGAGCUGUCGGUUUGUGGGCAGCAGGUGGAAGCAGAUGAUGAAAACUGGAAAUACAGAACCCAGCCCAGAAAAGCGGUUUCCAACCUCGACGAGGAGAGUCGAUGGACAGUCCACUACACCGCGCCUUGGCACCAGCAGGAGAAUGUGUUCCUUCCCUGUACAAGACCCCCCUGUGUUGAGGACCUUCACCGUCAAGCCAAACUCAACCUCAAAUCAGUGCUGAGGGAAUGUGACAAGUUGCGGCGAGAUGGCUGCCGGAGUUCUCAGUACUACUCUCAGGGACCCACCUUUGCAGCCAGCUCCAGCCCGGGUGAUGAUUAUCAGGAUGAGGAUGUGGAAACAGAUCGAAAGUGUUCCCUGUCCUCAUCUGAAGAGGAAAGAUUUAUUGGCUUCAGGAGACCUAAAACUCCAACCUCAGGUGACUUCUCAGACCUUAAUACUCAGACGAACUGGACCAAGUCCCUGCCGCUGCCAACACCAGAAGAAAAGAUGCGGCAGCAAGCCCAAGCAGUCCAGGCUGACGUGGUUCCUAUUAACAUAACUGGGGAGAAUUUCGAUCGCCAGGCCAGCCUUCGGCGGUCUCUAAUUUACACAGACACUCUGGUAAGACGACCGAAGAAAGUCAAAAGGAGAAAGACUAUUACAGGAGUCCCUGACAGCAUUCAGAAGGAGCUAGCAUCAGUCAUUGGCCAUGAUGAUGGUAGUAGUCACUCAAUGUAUCUCCCAGAUCACUACUCUACACUAGAAAGACUCGAUAGCUAUCGGUCUACCGGGCAGCGCUCAGAAACCAGGGACUCCAGCUGUCAGACCGAGGACGUGAAAGUCAUUCCGCCAUCAGUGAGAAGGAUCAGGGCUCACAAGGGGCUAGGCAUUGCAGCCCAGAUGAGCCACUUCUCAGGCUCCUCUGGCAACAUGUCUGUGCUGAGUGACCCGGCGGGUAUUGUGUUUCCAUCUCGCCUCAACAGUGAUGCUGGUUUCCACAGUCUUCCCCGUUCUGGGGCUAGAGUGAGCACUUACUCCCUGGAGGCAAGGCUGGGUGCCCUGGGCUCUGCUGAAGACAUAGAUGGCACUUUUCCCUACCAGGGGAGCAACUCGCAGGGACAUGAAAACUUUGCACAUUUAGGAGUUGCCUUGAGGACCGGAACCCUUUUGAGACCCAAGUCCCAGGAGCUGAGGCUUGUGGAGAGUGAAAACAUAGCAAGUCCAGCAUGUGUGGUUUCUCCUCAUGCAACCUACUCCACCAGCAUCAUCCCAAAUGCCACACUCUUGUCCUCCUCAGAGGUUAUUGUUAUUCACACUGCUCAAAGUGCAGGACAGCUGGACAGUAGAAUGCCUGGUUCAUCCUCUUACUCAAAGAUAAAACCCAGAGAUCGCCCCACACCCAGAUGUUCUCUGAAAGAUGACCAUCAGUCCCCCAGUCACCACUGGAACGAGUGUCAUUCCAUUCACUCACAGGCCUUAGCUUGCCCUGCCCCCAGUGCCAGCACACUGUUAUCCCUCUGUGAUUCAGAGGUCUCUCUAAAUACCCCAGCAAAUAGGGAGAAUGGAUCCCAUACCAUGCCCUAUCAUUGUAGAAACAACCUGAGUUUCCCUGCCCAUUCCACAGAUGUCGAUGGCAAGAGUGAGUCUAGUUAUUCAGGGGACAGGGGGCAUGGCUGCUCAGAGCCCUGGGAAUACAAAGCCUUGGGCAAUGGGCAGGUAUCCCCACAGAAGCCACACCUGAUAACUCCUGGUUGUUCCACUCCCACAAGUAACAUGAGCAGCUGCAGUUUGGACCAAACGUCUAUCAAAGAGGAUGCCAGAUCUCUGUAUUCAGAGGACCAUGACAGCUACUACACAUCCAUGCACAGUGAUUCUGGACACAGGGCUGAGAACUUAUACAACAGCAGCGAUGGCUUUGGGAACCCCAGGCACAGCGUGGUCAAUGUUUUUGAUGGGAGAACUCAGAAAAGCCAGGAGGACCGGCCAGAUCACCAAGAUAAAUCGCUUUCCAGAAACAUCUCUUUGAAGAAAGCAAAGAAACCACCCCUGCCACCCUCCCGGACAGACUCUCUGCGAAGGAUUCCCAAGAAGAACAACCAGUCCAAUGGACAGGUGCUCAAUGAGAGCCUGAUCGCCUCCCUCCAGCACUCCCUGCAGCUGAGCCUCCCUGGCAAGGGCAGCAGCUCACCCUCCCAGAGCCCCUGCAGUGACUUUGAGGAGCCCUGGCCUCGUUCCCGGAGCCAGAGUACCAUCAGUGCCAGCAGUAGCAUGGCCUCUGCCACUACCCCCAACAUGUAUUCCCUGUGUGGGGUCACACCAUCGCAGAGCGACACGAGUAGCGUCAAGUCAGAAUACACAGACCCUUGGGGCUACUAUAUUGACUACACCAGCAUGCAGGAAGACCCAGGGAAUGCCACAGGGGGCUGUUCAUCCAGCAAUGGGGCACCAACUGGAAAUGGGCCAGUCCGCCACAUCCAUGAGGGCUCAGGAGCCCCAAUACCCCAAGUGCCUGGUGGCUCAGUUAAACCAAAGAUCACCUCCCCGGAGAAGUCACAGAGAGUCACCUCUCCAUCCAGUGGGUAUUCCAGCCAGUCAAAUACACCCACAGCACUCACCCCUGUGCCUGUGUUUUUAAAAUCCAUGUCACCAGCAAAUGGGAAGGGGAAGGCCAAGCCCAGGGUACCAGAAAGGAAGUCCUCUCUGAUCUCAUCAGUAUCCAUCUCCUCCUCAUCCACUUCUCUCUCCUCUAAUACUUCUACUGAAGGAAGUGGCACCAUGAAGAAGCUGGAUUCAGCCCUGUCCUCAACUGCUCCACCUCCUCCUCUACCCACUCUGCCCUCUCCAUGUCCAGCAGACAAGUCCCCUUUCCUUCCACCCCCUCCUCCUCCAGCUGAUUGUUCUGAGGGCUCCCUUCUGCCUCUAUCUCCCGGGUUCCCCCCUCCACCACCAGAAGCCCUUGUUCCCUUCUGCUCUCCCACUGACAGGUGCCUUCCUCCUCCUCCUCCCCCAGCACUUAGCCCCCCUCCUCCAGGACCCUCCCCUCCCUUGCCAGCGCCUCCACUUUUCUUGCCCUCCUCAGAACCCCCACCCGCCCCACCUCUGGACCCCAAGUUUAUGAAAGACACCAGGCCUUCUUUCAAAAACUCUGGCCAGCCUGAAUCCUCCCGGGAGGCCCUCAGGCGGCCUGCCAACAAGGAGGAGAGCAGCCGACCCCCCAUGCCCCUGAUCACCACGGAAGCAUUGCAGAUGGUGCAGUUGAGGCCGGUGAGAAAGAACUCAGGCGCCGAGGCUGCCCUGUUGUCUGAACCAACAGCUCAGGAACAACGAACUCCAACUGCUCCACAGUAUCACUUAAAGCCAUCUGCUUUUCUGAAAUCCCGAAAUAGCAUAAAUGAAAUGGAGAGUGAAAGCCAGCCUGCCUCUGUGACGAGCUUGCUUCCAACGCCUGCCAAAAGCCCGAGUCAGGGUGACCAUGACAGUGCAGCCGAGCGUGGCGGCCUUCUGAGCCGCAGUGAUGGAGCUCCAGGUCCGGGACCCAACCUCAGGGCCACUCCGCUUCCAGACUCUUCGCCCAGCAGGAAGCCGCCCCCCAUCUCCAAGAAGCCCAAACUGUUCCUGGUGGUGCCACCUCCACAGAGAGAUUUCACAGCGGAGCCCACAGAAAACGGGAGCGAAGCCCUCCAAGGCGUGCCCAGCCCCAUCAGGGCAGAGAGAUGCUCUGUGCAAAGCAAAGAGGAGGAAGAGAGCCUAGCUGGUUCUCAUGCCACGGUCCCCAGCAACUCGGUUCUGAAGAGAGGUGCUCCGGGGUCCUUGUCCUCUGGUAGCCUGGAAGCCAAUGUUUCCAUGGUCCAACCUGAUGCCUCUUCAGCCCCCACGCAGGAAGAGUCCACCGAGAACAGCGUGGAUGGUGAGGGCAAAGUGGAGAGCUGCUUGUCACAGCAGGAUGGAGAAGCUGGAGUGCUGGAAACCAACUCAGCCGCUAGCUCCUCAGAAGCCUGUGACUUCUCUAAGGAAGAUGGGAGUGACGAGGUAAUGACCCCCACUAGACCCAGGACCACAGAAGACCUGUUCGCAGCUAUCCACAGAUCCAAAAGGAAAGUCCUUGGCCGGAAAGACUCCGAAGAUGAUCACUCCCGAAAUCACUCUCCUUCCCCGCCAGUGACACCCACGGGUACGGCCCCUAGCCUGGCCUCUCCAAAACAAGUCGGGUCCAUCCAGAGAAGCAUGAGAAAGAGCAGCACCAGCAGCGACAACUUCAAAGCUCUGCUAUUAAAGAAGGGGAGUCGCUCCGACACCAGCGCCCGCAUGUCGGCCGCGGAAAUGCUCAAGUCCACGGACCCUCGAUUUCAGAGAUCCAGGUCGGAGCCUUCGCCAGACACCCCAGACAGCCCAUCCAGCUGCUCCCCCAGCAAGAACAGAAGGGCCCAGGAGGAGUGGGCCAAGAAUGAAGGCCUGAUGCCGCGGAGUCUGUCCUUUUCGGGCCCGAGGUACAGUCGCAGCCGGACACCACCCUCCGCGGCCAGCAGCAGGUACAGCAUGCGGAACCGCAUCCAGAGCAGCCCAAUGACGGUCAUCUCCGAGGGAGAGGGCGAGCCUGCAGAGCCGGUGGACAACAGAGCGAGCCGGGCACUGGACGCUGUGAAGGGAUGCUCCCUGGACAGCCUGGCAGGGCAGGAGGUGGACCAGGGCUGCCUGCCAUCAGUGGAGGAGUCGGCCUCUGUGGAUAGAACAGGCAGGGCAGAGGCCAGGAGUCCCUCUGAGCAGUGUGGGCAAGAGAAGAGUUAGGGUGAAAACCUGCUUUUUUUGAUGGAGGCAGGGGCAAGCAGUGCACUGGCACUGCCGUGGGAAGCCUAUGGGGCUCUUCCUGGCUUGAGGGGACCCUACUCAGCAUUGGUGCUGGGGGGAGGGCUGUCUCAGCCCUGCUGGUCACUUAGGACUCACUAGCCAUGUGACUUAAAAGCAAGUAGAAGCUUAAACUUAUGAAAGUGCUUCCUGGGGAAGAUCCCCCCCCCCCCAAAUGCUGAGUAUGUGUAUGUGUGUGCAUUUCAAACACUUUUUCAUUUUAACAAAUACACACGCUAACAUAUACAGAAAUAGGAGAAAAAGUCAGAGCUAAGGUAGGUAGAGUAAUGGAGUUUUCUGGACUAGGUGGCAACUGCUGUCAAAGCAUUAUGGGUAUGAAAAUGAGAGUCCACUAAGAAGGGAGAAACCAUGACUUCUAAGAGGCCGUGGUGGGCUGGUUCUAACAUACAACAUGGAUGUGCACACACAUGCACUGUUGCAGAAGGCAUGGUGGAGAAAAGAGGAGGCCGGGAAGGGCUAGGCAACUAAUCGGUUCAGGUACUUUUUCUAGGGGAAAAAGCUUUGCUUCCUUUUUUUGUAAAAAUAAUAAAUGCAGAAGUGGCUGCAUCCAGGGCCUGCGAGGUGCAGAUUUCAGUCCCAGGUUAGAAGUGUGGGCAGUUUGACAUCAGUUUCCUCCUUGAGCUGCAGCCAACCCUUUUGAGGACUGAGGUGACUGUAGAGGUAAGGGCAAGAAAGGAAAGAAGGGCAGGGGAAUGAGUGGCACACUGCUGGAUUUGUUUCCUGCUUAUUAAAUAAAAUAUUUUCAGAAUUAACUUGGAAAACUUGCACUGUAGAACUGUGGGUGGGGCUUUUCCUUUAACAAGAGUUUUGUUUGUUUUUUUAAACAAGCAAUUUCAACUUCCACUUGACAAUUUAUCACUUGAAGUGUCAACAUUUGCUAACUUUUGGAUAUCCUUUUGGUUACACCAAAGAGAAAAACAAUACAGCUAUUUUUUUUCCCUUGAACUGCCUGCAGCAUCACAUUCUCAUUUAGAAAGUUUACCAAAAUCUAUUAUGUAUUAUCUCACUUUGAAGAAAAUGCUGACUAGCUCUUGUUAGUGAAAUAAACUGAUAAAAAUUGGUAGGGCGUGGCUAUUAAUUAGCCCUGGGAAAUAAGUUUUAUUAGAUUAAAAAGAUUUUUUUUGCA